UGGCGUCUGGCCCCUGGCAUUUGUCCCCACAACAUCCAGGCUCCUCACAGGCCAUCCUGCUCCGAGAGAUCCUCUGAACCUGGGGAGCCGUAGGGUGGAGAGGGGUGUCUGUUCCACUCUAGGGGAUCCUGGGACACUGCAGCAGGAUGGGUGGGCGGCCUUCAAGCCCCCUGGACAAGCGGCAGCAGCAGCACCUGAGGGGCCAGGUGGACGCCCUGAUGAAGAACUUCCUGCCCCAGUACCGCGUGCAGCUAGCAGCCUCAGUCCUGCGCCAGAUUUCCCGGGAGCUGGUACCCCAGGAGCUGGCUGGAUGCCAACUACUGCACAGCAAAAAGCUGCCCCGAGUCCGUGAGCACCGAGGGCCCCUGAUCCAGCUGCAGGGCCACCCACCUCAGUGGCAGCCAAUCUUCUGUGUCCUGCGUGGGGAUGGCCGCCUGGAGUGGUUCAGUCGCAGGGAGGAGUAUGAAAAUGGGGGCCGUCCUCUGGGCUCUGUAGCCCUGACAGGGUACACAGUCCUGACUUCCCAGCAUGAAUAUCUCCACCUGUUGGACACUCUCUGCCCAGAUUCCCCAGGAGACCAUACAGAGGAAGAGCCUGACCCCCUCCUGGAAAUGCCUGUGAACUUCCCCCUGUUCCUUCAGCAUCCCUUCCGAAGGCAUCUCUGUUUCUCUGCAGCCACAGGGGAGAUGCAGCGUGCGUGGAGGCUAGCCCUGCAGGGUGGCAUCCGGCUUCGUGGCACAGUCCUGCAGCGAAGUCAGGCCCCCGCCGCCCAUGCCUUCCUGGACACCAUACGGCUCUACCGGCAGCACAAAGGCCACUUUGGCCACGACGACAUGACACUGGGCUCGGACGCCGAGGUGCUGACCGCGGUGCUGAUGCGGGAGCUGCUGCCGGCACUGCAAGCCCAGAUCCAGACGGGCUUGCGGGGGGCCGGCCGAGCCAGGGCCUGGGCCUGGACAGAGCUCCUGGAUGCAGUUCACGCCGCCGUCCUGGCCGGAGCCUCUGCGGGGCUCCGCGCUUUCCAGCUCGAAAAAGACGAACUGCUCGCGGCCUUGGAUAGGACUAUCCGCCCGGAUGUGGACCACCUUCUGAGGCUGCGAGGGCGCGUGUCAGCGAAGCUGCUGGCUGAGGUCCAGGGCCCCCUGGAGUCGUGCCUGAGCAGAAAGGUGGAUGCGCAGCUGCCCCGACUCACACGGACUCUGCUCAACACCGUGGAAGCAGCACUUGCGGCAGUGCAGACACUCCUAGUCCAGGGCAUGGACCGCCUGUCUCGCCACCUGCGUGGGAGCCCCUCCAGCACCCGGUUGCGCAAGGAGGUUUACUCAUUCGGUGAGAUGCCAUGGGAUCCAGAGCUGAUGCAGACCUGCUACCGUGAGGCUGAGCGGAGCCAGGGCCACCUGGGGCAACUCGUGGCACCGUUCGGCUUCUCUGGAGUACGAAGUCUGGUGUUUGGGGCCCAGGAUCUCUCACAGCAGCUCAUGGCUGAUGCUGUGGCCACCUUCCUGCAGCUAGCUGACCAGUGUCUGACCACAGCCCUGGACUGCAUCCAGGCUGCCCAGCAGCUGGAGAAAGUCAGGGGGCGUGUGCUAAAGAAGUUCCAGUCGGACAGUAGCUCAUUGCAGAGGAAGUUCGUCCACAGGUGGCAGAUCUGCAUCUUUUUGCCCUUUGUGCUGAGCCAGCUGGAGCCAAGCUGCAAAGCGGAGCUGUCUGAGUUUGAAGGGGAGGUUCUUGCUGUGGGCAGCCCCGCCCUGACCAUCGAGAGCAUCUAUGAGGAUGUCAUUCAGGGGGCCCUGCUGCAGAGGAUUGACAGAGAAUUGAAAAAGGCCCUGGGUGCCAGCGAUGUGUCCUGUGCUCUGGAUGGCUGCUCAGAAGUCCCGUGGAACCAGGCGGAAGCAGGUGAGGAAACUGAGGCUCAGAGAGGGACUUGCCCCAAGCAGCCAGGCACCUGCACUGAGGUCCAGCCACUCUACCCACUGCUGCCUCCAGGGACAUUCUGGAGCUGAACCUGCCUACAGCCAUCUUCAUUACCGGUGGAUAAAUGUCUGCUAGUGGAAUUUCUGAGUCAUAUGAAUGAUCUCAAGGCUUUUAUAACCACCUCGCCUGCACCUCAUUCCUUUUCUGAGAGGCUGUGCCUUUUAUAUUCCCACUAGCAGCAUUUGUGUAUAUUCUCCAUAUCCUUUCCAAACAUUAGGAAUUUUCAUUAAAGAAGAAAAGUCAGUUUCAUAGCACACACAUUUUACUUUUUUAUUUUGAAUUUCUUUGAUGACUAAAAUGAAUCUAAAAAUGUUUA